UCACUGCAGUUAGUUGUCCUUUUACCUUUGAGAUUCAUGGCAGAUUUAGUCCACCUGUUUUCAGGGAUACACAACACUUCUACCUUUAAAGAGGUUUUCAACAUGGAUUCAAAGUAUGGAGACAUCUCAGCUGGGAGUUUUCUGACUGACGAUCGAGAUCUUUUUAACUCUUAAAUCACUUUUAAACUGCUGGCGGUUCCAUCUUGUCUGUUUCAGAUGCAACGCUGCUGCCGGAGAGUGGUGAACACAGUGCUACAAAGAUCCAGGGGAGGAUUUGUGAGCUGCUAGCCAGUUCCAGCUAAUCAACAACCCAACCCCUCAGCCGUGUCAGUGAGGAUGUUUCAUUUCUGUAACUCACGCUGGCCUCUGCUGUUGUUUGCUGCCCUGUGGAGCCUCAGCUACCCGAGUUUGCUCACAGCCUGGCCGGGCAUCAGUCGCAGCAAGCCCAAGGAUCAUCUGGACCCUAAUGUCAGGGACUGGGGGGACUACUCAGACCUGCCUCCAGGAGUCGAGCAGGGGUUGGGGUUGGACAAAGACGGGGAACAUGGAGACAACAGGGGAGCUGGAGAGUCAUUAUCAAGCCUGGCCCCAGAGAUGGAUUUCCUGGCUGACUUUGCAGGUAAAAAGCGUCUGUGGGUGAUAACAGCCCCAUCAUACAGUGACAACUACCUUCGUAUGAUGGAGAAACAGCUGGAAGACAUGGAGCAGAAAGGGCUGAACUGCCGUCUAGCAGAAAGAGACACAUUUAUCAUCACCAUCAUCCAGAACGCUAUGAUGGAAGGUCGAAUCCAGAAAACAACUUUCCAAGGAGAGGCCACAGUAGAGAACCUGGACCCUGACACAGUUACCAAACUGCUGCACUACCUCGAGCUCACUGACCAGGAGCAAGGGUUCACCAUGCUGGUUCUGAAGAAGAACCUUCUGGUCAGUGAGCGCUUCCCUUAUCCGGUCCGGGUGGAGGCAAUUUUUGAGCUCAUUGAUCAAUUCCCCAUGAGGAAGCUGGAAAAGAUGACCAGAAAAGGAUCCAAGUUGAGGUGUAAAACCACUAAAAAGAAGGUUGUGGUGACAAGGAAAAAGAUGAAGAAGAAGAUGGUGCUAAGUCCUCAGAGGCGAGGGAACGUGACAUCUGUCAUGGCAUUACAAAGAAAAAAUCCCCUGCACAAAAAAGCAGCCCUGAAGAGCAAGAUCCAGGAUAUACUGAGUGGACGGUCGAGGUUUGUUAUUCGUAAGGUGCCUGCAGUGGGGUCCACUAGGGGAAAGGACUCGAGCGGUGGUGGUCGGGCCUCUUCUGACAGACAGGAAAAAGUGCACAGUCCUCCACUUGUGUCGAAGAGCAGUGACGACAUGAAGAAAAACAGGCCUGAGUCCACUGUUGAAGAGGGAAAGAAAAGACAUGGGGGGAAAAACAGUGAAGAUCAAAAAGCGGAGAAUGUAAAGGAGGAUAUACAGGAAAAACAGAGCUCUAAGAAAAAGGGCAAAGGGAAGAAAGGGAAGAAAGGGAAAGGCAGAGGGAAAAAAUCCAACAAAGAGGCCAGUGAGAAGGAUAAAACAGCUCUGAAGGAGUUUUUGGACAGUUUGAGGGGAACGAGAAGGUUAAUGCUGAUGUCAACACCCAGCAGAGAUGCAACACUGUACAUCCAGCAAAAAGAGGAGAACGAGAAGCAACACUGUGACCUCGCUAUCAGGAAGAUCACAGUGGCGACCAUUGUGGGUGAAGGUGGCGACGCCACGCUGACGCUGCAGCACCACCAGCUUGAGUCGGAGCGUCCACUCAGCGGCCAAUCAGAACAUUUCUCAGAUGGAGGCCUGAUCUCUCUGUUGAGAGCAGAGCUCGGCCUGUCGUCAUCAGACCUCUUUUCCAUGACUGUCUCAGACUACGACAUGAAGCCCAAUAGAGUCUUUGAGGCUCCUCCAUCAAGUCCUGCUCUGUUCGAGUACAUUGACAACUUUCCCUCAAGGCGCUCAGAAAAAGAAAAGGAGAGGAAGAGUCCUCCUGCUUGCUCCAAAGGAACGCAACAGCCUGGAGCAGAGAAUUCACUGCUCAGGUUCAUGUCUAAGAGAAGACUGCUCCUCAUCUCUGCUCCCUCUGAGGACGAGUACUCCUUCCAACAGCAGCUCUCUGCACUCAAUGGACAGGGGUGUCACCUGGGUAUUCGCCACUUUGCCAUGUUGAAGCUGACUGGAGUUGGAGACAAAGCGUCAGGAACUGUUGAGCUUUUUCCCCUAAAUGGUCGUAGUCAGAGUGAAGUAGAGCUGUUAUCCCGUGACACGGUCAACAACCUGAGAGAGCAGCUAAAGAUCAGUAAGGACUAUUUCAGCAUGCUGGUUGUGGGGAAAGACGGUGAUGUGAAGGCGUGGUUCCCAUCACCCAUGUGGUCCCUGGAAAACAUCUACGACCUGGUGGACUCCAUGGAGCUCCGCCUCCAGGAGGAGAAGCUGCAGAAGAGACUGGGCAUCCACUGCCCUGAGGACAGAGGGAAAGGAGGCAGCGAGGGGGGGCAUUAUGGCGGUUAUGAUGAAGAUGGGACUGAGGAGACGUACUUGUACCACCGGUCAGAGAAAUGAUGAGAAAGAAGGAGGAAGAAGCUGCGGAUUACAAACUAAUAAAGACAGAGGAGGAGGACACAGGAUUCAAUUUAUGCAUAGAUGGUGAUGAUGCGCAAUGAUAAGUUGAAUAUUUUAUGUUUGCAAGUAAUAAAUAUGAAAAGUAGAGCAGAAAAUAUCGGAAUGUUUCAUUCAAGAACAUUUAAUGGAAGCAUAUGUUCACCUGUCCACUGAUUUGUUUUUUUAAUUUUGUUUUUCCAGAUAAGUUGGUGCUCCGUUAUUAUUUGUUGAUUACAGCAUCGUUGUAACAGGAACAAAGUCCAUCCAUCCACUUCUAUCCUCUUUUUCAAACACAGUCAGAGUAUACAAAUGGAAAGUUCCUCUGUUGAAAUGUUGUGACGCAGAAAUUGAAAGUGUAUUCAAAGGAAACAAAUGUUCUUUUCUUCAACAAU